UUACGAUGAAGCUAUUAUUUACCGGUCUGUGGUUACUCAGAGUUUUUGAACUUGUAUAAAUAGCUCAAGCUGCUGGCAUAACGAACAUAAUUCAGCAGAUCUGGCCAUCAUGAAGACGUUGACGUGCAUAGCACUGUUAACGUGCCUGCUUGCUGCGUUCGGUUCAGCAUUACCUUACCCAAGUGAAAUAGCCGUUGAGAUCGAAAAAGAACAUGCUCCGUUGAUAGCUGUAGCUGAUGUUUCCAAAGAUGAAACAUUGGAAGGUGCUGAGACAGCACAUCACUGGGGAGGUCGAGGAGGUGGUCGAGGAGGUGGUCGAGGUUGGGGAGGAGGUGGAGGACGUGGAGGUGGCUGGGGAGGCGGCGGUGGUUGGGGCGGCGGCGGCGGAGGUGGUUGGGGUGGCGGCGGAGGCGGCGGAGGCGGUGGCGGUUGGGGGGGCGGCGGCGGAGGAGGCUGGGGAGGCGGAUUGGGUUCCAGCCAUGGACGUUGAUAUUAUCUAAUAAAUGUUAUGAUCCUCUUAUAUGUCACCUAAAUUCAAUAAAUUGAAUAACCAAAUAUUUGAGGUUUAGUUUAUUUCUAUUCAUACUUUAAAAAUAUGUUCAAUAGAUUUAAUUUAUUAAGUUACUUUCAAUGUCGUUGAGCCGUAACAUUUUCUUUUAUAAAAUUUGUUGAAAAAUUUUUCGAACUAUAUAAAUGAUUAUAAUGAAAUGAUAAUUUGUAGAGCAAGUUUUGUACCAAAUAAAUAAUUAAUUAAUCAAAUAAAUGUUCUUAUAGCAUACACAAUAAC